GAACAAUUUGUUGAAGCUCUCAAGAAGUUCGGCUACCUAAAACAGCCUCCAACGUUGCUUGAUCUUCAAGUUGAAAUGCUGAAAAAUGGACAUUUACAGGCACAAUGUGCAAUGCUGUUGUAUCCAUUUAUGAUUUUAGACAUGAGCACAUUUACACCUGAAGACUUUGCCGCUGGAAUGAACUUUUUCAAUCAGAAAACUUUCGAAAAUCAAAGAUUUAAGAAAGUCAUCAAGGAAGAAUUGAAAGCAUUUUUGCAUAAAGGAUUUUUAGGGAAUUAAGUGUCAUUAAUAGUAAUGCCAGAUUUCUAUUCGAUUAACCAACUUGUGCUAUUCAGAUUCCAUUAAAAAAUUAAAGAAGAAUAAAUAAAGAUUUUUUUGUACUUCCAUGUGCUCAAGCACUUCCUCAACACAUUCAAACAAUCUCUUUCUAAAAAAAUUGAGAAAAGCAUUUAUAAGUGAGCAGCAUUCUCAGUUUGUUUUGAUCGUUGUGCGUGUUUGGUUUUCAUUUUUUUUUCUCUUGCUUAAGUUGACUUUUUUUUAUCAAAUUACCAAAAAUUAUAAAUGGAAUCAACCGAUAUCGCUUCAUCAAUCCCAUCCUGGCUGAACCUAGACCUCUUCGACAAAGCUAUUCAAAGCUACGAAUCUGAUGCACAAGCGAAAGUCACAAAUUUUGACAUCAAGUCAGCAACGCAGCCUGGUGAAAAUUUUGCUAGUGCUGUAUUUCGUGCGAUUGUGAAAUACACAUCCAAACAUCAGCAAGAUGAGAAGGAAUUGUCAGUGAUUAUUAAGACACAGCCAUUUAAUGUGGAUCAGCUUGGUUCGGGGAUGGAUCAUAUGAAGGAUACGACAUUGUUUAAAAAUGAAAUUGCUGCUUACACGGAAGUGCUGAUGAAGAUUCAGGAAUUGAUCAGUUCUGUUGGAUAUGAAGACAUCAUGUGUCCAAAAUUAAUUUAUCAGACAAUGACACCAAAGCCAGUCAUUAUGUUAGAAGAUGUCAAGGCUAUUGGAUACGAUACCUUGAUUACAACAGCUCAUGAUGAUUUUGAGGUCUCUAAGAUGAUUUUUAAGAGAUUGGCAAAGUUUCAUGCUGCUAGCUUUUAUUUGGAGGAUGAGAAGGUUUGUAUGGAACGUCCAAGAGACUCAAAGCAGAGUUGGGAAUGGUUCAUUUCGGUGAUGCUAGCAGUUUCGACCGAACCACAGCUAAAGUACUGCACUUUGUGCUUUGUAGCCGUUUUCGUUAUAAAAAUCGACGCAGCUGCUUUUGACUUUACCAUAUUCAGCAUGGACAGUGUUGUGGCUAUAUUCACAGCAAACUUUGACAUUUUCCUAAACUACAUUUCAGAAUGGGAAGGAUAUGAAGAGUUUAUUGAGCCUAUCAAGAAUUUCAGAACAGUUUAUGCUGAAAAAUGUCAAAAAUCGACCAAACCGAAUACAGGAGCUGGAGCUUUUAAUGUUCUUAAUCAUGGAGAUUUUCAUCUUAAGAAUGUGCUGUAUAAAAUUAACAAGGAGGAUGGAAAGAUUGAGGAUUUUGUUGCUCUCGACUACCAAAUCUGCGUUUAUGGCUCACCAGCAAUCGACUUUGCUUACGCUUUCUUUAAUUUCACAUCUGACAACAAUCGCUUUGAUCGCUACGAUGAAAUCCUCUUUAUCUACCAUAAACAAUUUGUUGAAGCUCUGAAGAAGUUUGGUUAUCUAAAGCAGCCACCAUCAUUGCUAGAUCUUCAAAUUGAGAUACUUAAGAAUGGACAUUUACAAGCUACAAACUUCAUGCACAUGUUUCCACUUUCUAUUAUGGAUUUGAAUGACUUUAAGGAUGAUGAAAUGGAGCCUGGAUUUAGUGGAAUGAUGAAGAAGGCUUACAAGAAUGAAAAUUAUAAGAAAAUUUUGAAAAGGAAUUUAAAAAGAUUUUUGAAUAAUGGAUUUUUUGGGUAAAUUUGGAGAUGUUGCAUUGAGCUUUAGGAGCCGGGGUCUGGUGCAAAUCACCUGGUGUCAAUUGCUUAGCUUUAUCAUACCAGCACAAAAGGACUUAAUCCCUGGAUAUCCAAUCAACCUUAAUAUUUGACCUCAUUACUAAUUAUGACUCCAUUAAAAAUGACGUGACUUGUAUUUUUAAUUUUAUAAAUUAAAUGUUUUUAUUUUUCUAAAGUUAAUUUACAUUUACAUCGGUUUAUAAGUUGUAAAUAUUAAAUAAAUGGUACAAAUGAUUUUUUGGUUUAAUUUUGUACAAUUAUGGUUAAUACAAGGCGGGCUUAAAGGGCCGAUUAGGUUUUAGGUGACCUGUGGAUCAACAG